GCGAUGCGGGGACGACGAGCGCAGAGAGAUAAACCCACCGUGAGAUCACCAGGGUAGGGGAUAAAGGCAGCGAUACCCGCCGUCCUGCUUUCACCGAGCACAGCUUUUCAUAUUUCAUCACCUCAUCAAAAGAGAGGGAGGUCAGCCCAGGAUGAACGGCGACUCAGGUGCCGGCGUGGUGACGGCCCCCCCUCCCACCACAGCCCCCCACAAGGAGCGGUACUUCGACCGGGUGGAUGAGAGCAGCCCGGAGUACCAGAGGGAGAGAAACAUGGCACCCGACCUGCGGCAGGACUUCAACAUGAUGGAACAGAGGAAGAGGGUCUCCAUGAUCCUACAGAGCCCGGCAUUCUGCGAUGAGCUGGAGACGAUGAUCCAGGAUCAGCUGCAGAAGGGGAAGACGCCCACUAGCCUGCUGGCUCUGCAGCAGAUUGCAGACUUCAUGAACACCAGCAUGCCUUCCAUGUAUCCCGCUGCACCGCAGGGAGGCAUGGCGUCGCUCAACAUGAGUUUGGGCAUGGUGACUCCAGUGAAUGAUCUGCGUGGCUCAGACUCCAUUUCCUACGACAAGGGCGAGAAGCAGCAUCGCUGCAAGCUGGCUGCCUUUUAUCGGCUCGCUGACUUGUUUGGCUGGUCUGAGCUCAUCUUCAACCACCUCACAGUCAGGGUGAACUCAGACGAGGAGCGCUUCCUAAUCAUCCCUUUUGGGCUCCUGUACAGCGAAGUCACUGCUUCCAGUCUGGUGAAGGUAAACCUUCAAGGAGAGAUAGUUGACCGGGGAAGCACCAAUCUCGGGGUCAACCUGGCCGGUUUCAAUCUCCACAGUGCCAUCUACGCCGCGCGGCCCGAUGUCAAGUGUGUCGUACACAUACACACAGCUGCGGGUGCUGCGGUGUCGGCUAUGAAAUGCGGCCUGUUGCCCAUCUCACCUGAGGCACUGUCUCUGGGUGAGGUGACCUACCACGACUACCACGGCAUAUUGGUGGAAGAGGAGGAAAAUGUCAUCAUCAAGCGGGACCUUGGGCCGACUAGCAAGGUGCUCAUCCUAAGGAACCAUGGCUUGGUCUCCGUAGGCGCAACAGUGGAGGAAGCUUUCUAUUACAUGCACAAUCUGGUCACCGCCUGUGAGAUCCAGGUGAGAACGCUGGCCAGCGCUGGAGGGCCAGAUAAUCUGGUGCUGCUGGACCCAACGAAAUACAAGGCACGCUCGCGGGUCCCGGAGCCAGCAAGCGACGGGUCCUCUACACAGCUGAAGUGGCAAGUCGGGGAGCAGGAGUUUGAGGCUUUCAUGAGAAUGCUCGACAACUUGGGCUACAGGACGGGCUACCCUUACCGCUGCCCGGCAUUGCGAGACAAAGCUAAAAAGUACAGUGACGUGGAGAUUGCUGCCCCCGGCCACGGUGGUUACUCAUACGGGGAGGACAGCGACUCAGGCGCUCGCUCCCCGCUGAAACAGAGCUUCCAGCGCGGCCAGCGCGACAAGACCCGCUGGCUCAAUGCCGGCGGUCGGCCCGACGAGCCCUGCGAGGACGGGCCCGACGGCAGCAGCCCCAAGUCGAAGCCUAAGGUGUGGACGAACAUAACACACGAUCACGUCAAACCCUUGCUGCAGUCUCUCUCGUCUGGUGUCUGCGUGCCAAGCUGUAUAACCAACUGCUUGUGGACAAAGGAAGACGGACUCCGCCCGGCUGCCACAGCCAAUCAGUUCAUCCCAAUGAACACCAACCCAAAAGAUGUCCUGGAAAUGAGGAACAAGAUCCGGGAGCAGAACCUGCAGGACAUAAAGACAGCAGGACCCCAGUCACAGGUUCUGUGUGCCGGCACCGUCGUGGACCGUAACUUCAACCAGGGGGAGCUAGUGACCGCGUCCAAGGCCAUCAUCGAAAAGGAGUACCAGCCUAGGGUCAUCGUCAGCAAGCAGGGUCCCAACCCCUUCAACAAACUCACCGACCAGGAUAUGGAGGAGUACCGCAAGGAGGUGGAGCAGAAACAGAGAGGGCCUGAAGUGCAGGGACGAGAUGGUAGUAAGGAGGGAUCAGCCUCCAGCGUACCCUGUCCUGAGCCACGAGUGGGGGGUCGAGCCUCUGUCUCCACACCCAGCUUAGAGAGAGCCGCACCGGCCUCUGAGCAGGGCUCGUCUUCCCUCCUCCUCUCCGGUGGGAGAGCCCAGAGCGGCGCAGACUCUGCAGAUGACGUUUUUUCGACCGCAGAAGAGGUUUUUUCCGCUCUAGAUUCCCCGCACAAGGAGUUCCACUGCGCCGUGCUGAGAGCCCUCAGCAAGGAGCCAUCAGUGGUAGAGGCAGAUCAGGCUCCAGACUUGGAGCCGCUUGUAGAGCCUGAGGAGGAGGAGGAGGAGGAAGAAGAGCCCCAAAGCCAGAAACCAACCACCACGCCUCCCAGCACCCCCGUCAGAGCAGAGGAAGAGUCCUUGCCGGAACAGACCUAUGAUGAGAGCGACGCCGCCACCCUGAGACAGACCCUUCCAGACUUGACACCUGAUGACCCCUCCGAUGCCCCGGCACUUCCUGCCGAGGAAUCCGCUUCUGUCCCUGCCAGCGCCGACGCGGCUGAGGGGGAGGAGCCCGCUGAGGCUGGCGACCAGGAGGGAGACGAGUCUCCCAGCAAAUCGCCCUCCAAAAAGAAAAAGAAGUUCCGCACACCUUCCUUCCUUAAGAAAAACAAAAAAAAGACAGAGUCCUAGAUUGGAGAACGUCGGGAUCGGUCCUCGAGGCAGUCCUCUGCCUCCGUUUAAUUUUCGCUUUUUGUCUGCUACCAUCGCACCCUUCGAGCAAGCCACAGUAACACACAGUUAUGCUUUUUUGUUGUUGUUUUGAUAUAAUUUGUCGCUGGCUUAUUAACCUAUUUUUCCUCGUUAGUGUGUGCCAAUUUUGUAUACAGUGUAAAAAUGAUGGAUUGCAUAAAGGUUUUUAAUUAUUAGGGGCUUUUUAGCUGUGAGUGAGUGAUGCAUACAUCCUGUCUUCUCCACUCCAUCUGGCCUUUGAUGCAUGUCUAUUACCACAGGCCCGCACACUUAAUGUGAGGUUUUAGGGUUGUAUUACUAAACUGUUGUAACCACUAGAAUGUAUUGGGAUUGUAUCAAAAAUAUGUAAGUGUCUUUUAAAAGCUACGAAUGCAGAAAGAGAAGCUACAACUACAAAUUAAAUAGUUCUAAUUUUACCACUGAAGCUGUGCAUCUAUGUAUUUACAUGUUAGCAGGCCGGUAGAACUACAGUUGGGAUACUUUCAGUUUAUUAUUUAUGGAAAUGCAUUCAUACAAAGUCCAUAUUAAUGUCUACAUGAACCAAUAUUUUUCAUUAAAUCAUCCACAAGCUAAAUCUCA